AUGAAGUUAGAGCUUACCAGACUAAGAUCAAAAUAUGGUAAUGAAACAACAAAUACUACAACGCAAACGACGAAAGCUGACAGAAAGAUUGAUGACACUCCUACUCCAACUCCUGCAAUGGCGAACAUCACAACAAUUGCUCCAAGAGUUCCAACAGGAGAAGGUAUAUCAGGAAAUGUUUCAACUACUCAUAACAUUACUGAAGCAGCUAAUGUUUCAGCAGUUGAGCAACCUGUUGUUAAUGUAACUCAGGAAAACGCUACUGAAACAUCAACACCAAGACAGGAUGUAAAUAAUGAACGUCCAGAAGUUAAGGAGGUUGCAAAAGCAUACCUGGAGAAAAAUACUACACAAGUUCUUGAAGCAGAAAAGCAUCUCAAUUCAGACAAAACACCAUCUCCAACUCCUGAAGCAUCAGUUCCUCCAGCAAUUGGUGGAAAUAUACCUUCAGUAUCACCAUGGCAGAAAUUUUAUGGAUUGUUUAAAGGAGCGAAUAAGGUAAUGGAUGCUGCUGAGAAUCUCCAAAAGUUCAAGAAUGAAGUCGCAACUGGUGCAAAGGAAAUAGAAGAGAAUGAUAAACAAGCUGCUGAAUUAGCUAAACAACAAGCUGAAGCAACUAAACAAGCAGCAGCUCCUAAACAAUCUAUAUCUAAGUCUCAAAGACAAGGUC